UCAGCGUGACAGGCUGUACUUGAAGCCUUACCAAUUCAAUUCCGAUCCACAUUUGUUCAAGUUUUUUACGUUUUCCGAUUUCAAUUUCUUCCAAUGUCAACUAUUAAUGAUAAUGCGCCAUCGACUGAGAACGUCUCCACUGUUCCAGUCCCGGCAAGCCUGGACCCCGCAUCAGUCCCGCCAAGUCUGGACCCCGCAUCAGUCCCGGCAAGUCUGGACCCCGCAUCAGUCCCGGCAAGCCUGGCCGCCACGCAUCGGAAACAACCAGCCCGUCCCGCGGUGGCACCAGAAGAUUUAGACGCCCGGGCCGAAGCUCUCCUGGUCGCUCUUGGUGCGGAGGCGGACGCGGAGCUCUCCACUUUGGCGACUCAGUUUGCCCAAGUGGCCGGUCAGACACUCGACCCGCGGACAUCCAACGAAUACUCGCGGUCUUGGGAACCUUUCCGCGAGUGGUGGGCGGCCAGGCAACUGCCCGGAAGCAUCUAUGACACCUCGGGCGAGGUGGUGGCGCUUUACCUGCUCUCCCUGCUGAACUCGUCCAAGGAAGACAAGCUGAUGACCGUUACGGCCGUCGCAGUCAUGUUCGCAGGGUUCUUUCGGUUUGAUGACGCUGCGGAGAUAAGCGUUCACGAGGACCUUCUGGUUAUCACGGCAACUGGGAUGGAUGUUUUCAUCCCUCGGUCCAAGACUGAUCAGCAGAGACAAGGUCACUGGGUUCCCAUCGCCCGUGUCGGCGGUGCCGCCUGCCCCGUAGGCCUGACAGAGCGCCUCCUCACCCUAGGACGGUACAAACGCCGCCCAGACACGCCAGACGAGGACGUCGGGCCCCUUCUGCGGCCGGUCCAGUGGAACAGGGCCGGGGGAUACCUGUCGGGCCCUCUGACAGGCACGGUGGCCCAGCCGAUCCACUCCCUGUCGUACCCUGCCUUCUGCCACCGGCUCAACAAGACCCUGCAGGCGGCGGGGAUCACCCGCCGCAUCACUGCGCAUUCCAUGCGCAUAGGAGGAAAUAGCACUGCCGCCGAUCGCGGUGUGCCUGCGGACCUGCACAAGGCGCACGGCCGGUGGCGCAGCGACGCCAUGGUGCAGCACUACACGCGGCGCGACGGGGAGGCGAAACUCUCCGUCUCCCGCAGCCUGGGCCUCGCCAGCGGCCAGACCGGGUGGGUAGCAGCCCGGGGCCCCUAA